CAACUGUGUCUUUACCCAAUCUUAUCAAAAAACUCUUUCCUUUAAAAGCUGUGACAGUAACGGUGGCUGGAUUGGACCAAAAAGGCGCCAGUACGCUAACCUCCGUUUAAAUAAGACAACAAGGACAUAGUCAGUGUUGUUGUUCGCUGUGAAGCUAACUGUGUGUUUACAUGGAGACCAUCAGACAGGUCCACAAACUGAACUUACGACGGUGCUUUGGAGGUGUGCGGCAAAGCGAAGUUGUUUUUAGGCAAAGACUAGGGAGAAAACACUAUGGUCUAACCUCCAGGAAGUGAAGUGCUCCGGUGCAAUGGAAGCCAUGGGAAAGAAGCUGGUGAUCAUCGACACAGACUGCGGCAUAGACGAUGCUCAGGCUAUAAUGAUGGCCCUGGCAGCACCCAACAUUGAGGUGUUGGCUGUUACCUGUGUGUUUGGGAACGCAGCGGUGGAGAAUGUGUGUCAGAACGUUCUGAGGGUGCUCUCCGUCUGUAAGUGUAAGGGGAUUCCGGUGUUUCGAGGUUCUGGUGGUCCUCUGGUUGGAGCCAGUAAACCAGUGAGUGACCACUUUGGAACUGAUGGACUUGGGGAUGUGAUUGAGGACAAAGAUCCAAACUGGGAGGAGAAAAUCCAGAGAGAGCACGCAGUCAAUGCAAUGAUUAGGCUGGUGACUGAAAACCAGAAGCAGGUCUCCCUGGUGGCCAUUGGCCCACUCACCAAUCUAGCACUGGCUGUCAGACUGGAUCCGUGUUUUCCCCAAAAGCUCAAAGAUCUGUACAUUAUGGGUGGCAACAUGGAAGGAAAAGGAAAUGUGACACUAUGUGCAGAGUUCAACUUUGCAAUGGAUCCAGAGUCUGCCUAUGUUGUUCUUGAAGAAUUUCUCUGCCCUACAUACCUGGCAUCAUGGGAAUAUUCAUGCAGAAACGCACUGACUUGGGAGUUCUUUGAAGAGUUGAUCAAUCAGGACACGCCGGCCGCACGCUUUAUGAAGACGAUAACCUCUAAAUGCUGGGCUUACUCCAAAGAGGCAAUGAUGAAUAAGAGAGACCUGUACUUUGGACCUGGCUUCGUCUCUUACGAUGCCUACGCGAUGGCGGCCUGUAUUGACAGCAGCGUGGUAACAGAGAGAAUCGAGUGUCCCGUCCGCGUGGAGCUGCAGGGUUCGAUCGCUAGAGGCAUGAUGGGGCUGGAUCGCACAAAUAUGCUGAAGAAGAGCCACAGCGUGUGUGUUCUGACUAAAUGUGACGUUGCCAAGUUUCGUAAGUUACUCAUGAAGUCUGUUAGACAACCUAAGAAGAAGUAAUCGUUGGUGACAGACGUCACGGUAAGAAGAAAAAAAGACACUGUAUCACCCUGAAUAUCAUUAAAUAUAAAUAAUUUUAUUUUUUUAAUGCACUGUAUGAAAAUGUUGACAAAUAGUAGCAGUUAGUAUUCUUUGACCAAUUUAUUCUCACAAAAGGCUCUGAUAUAUUUCAUCAAAUGUUCAUGUUUGUGUUAACUGUGCCACAAUUAAAUAAAAAACAUAAA